AUGUCCUCCUCGCGCUCGGGUCGCUCAUCUCACGGUCAUAAGAAGGAGAAGGGUGCUCAGCGUUCCGUUCGGCGGAUAAUCGAGUCUCUCCAGUCCCACAGUGUCAAUACCCUCACAGAACUAGUGCGAGUUGAGCGCAUAGCGGCGACCUGUGAUGAGAGCGACGCUGUGGCAUUUCAAGGCCCCAUGACCGAGGCAUGGAGCCACUAUGUCAGUAGCAACCAGUUUCUGACUGAGCUAAGAGGAUUGACAAGAAGCUACCCGUUCUGCGGGGAUAUCGUGACGGACGCCCAAAUGAGAGUGCGGAGCGACCCGGAGAGCAAUCGCAGUUGGAACAUGGCCUGGCUUUGCCUUCAAAAAAUUGUGAAUGACAACCUUGUGGCUACGUAUGCUGCCAUGGAAUCCAUGAGGCCGGAGAUGUGGGGUGGACGUGAACCUACGCCAGAGGAAGCCGACCAGCUGGCUCAGUGUUUUGAAUUCGAAUGGAACAAUGCUGUCAGCACGAUGUUGCGCCAUUGGUCCGUCGCCCCAACCUGGCUUACGAGCAUGCGACAGGACGUCCGAUUUGCCUCAUACAUUCUGUUCCCGAAGUUCAGUACCAAGAUCAGGAUGGAAGACGUCGACAGGGUUAGGGUCGCUUACCGUUCUGGGUGGUGCGCCUGGCACAAAGAACACAUGGACUCUCAACAUGUCUUGCGUCCCGCUGCCGGGUGGCACACUGGCCCCUCACUCGCCAUCUCGAGCAAUGAGACAGUUGGUAGUGAUUCAGAACAGUCCGCGUCUCUGCCCGCGAUCUUGGCUGCCCUCGUCCCGUCCUUGAUCAGUGCAGUCUUCCUCCUGACCGUGUUUGUCCUGAUCAAACGGCCGCUCCGUAGAAUAUACUCACCAAGAACCUACAUCGAUGUCAUCCCGGAAAAAGAUCGCACACCUAUUUCAAGCCUGAAGCGCUUCGAGUGGGUCCGAACAAUUAGGCAGCUUGACGACAAAUUCGUUCUCGAGCACUCUUCCCUCGAUGCAUAUCUGUAUCUCCGGUUUUUGAAGACGUCCGUCUUCAUCUGCUUUGUCGGAGCUGCUAUCACCUGGAUCAUACUUUUCCCCGUGAAUGCUACCGGCGGUGGAGAUGCAUCCCAGCUUGACAGACUCGGCUUCGGUAAUGUGCGCCACAAGCAUCGAUUAUAUGCUCAUGCCGUAGUGGCUUGGGUGUAUUUCGGAUUCGUAAUGGUCAUCAUUGCCAGGGAACGUAUGUGGCUCGUUGGACUUCGUCAAGCAUGGUACUUAGCUCGCGCGAAUGCAUCGCGACUCUCUUCACGGACGGUUCUUUAUCUCGACCCGCCAAAGGAGGCUUCCACAGUCUCUGAUCCGCAGCAGAACUUUGGCAGUGAUGCGAGAAAUCAGUGGAUUGUCAACAAGACCAAGUCGCUUGAUGACGAGGUUGAGUCGAGGAAUGACAGGACAGUGAGGCUGGAAUUCGCUGAAGUCUCGUUUCUGAGGCAGGCCAGCAAAAACAUCGCCAAAACCCGCCGGAGAGAAGGCCUAGAGGCCGACGGAAUUGCAAAUGAUGCAGCAAUCGAGAGUGCACGUCCCCGUGAGCGACAAUACUACCUCACCAGCAAUGCAGCCGAUCUCAUCCAACACCUGCGCAACGAGGUAAAGGAAGCGGUGCACAAGGUUGGCGAGAAACGGGAAUCCUACUCGGCUGAGAGUUCACAUGGACGUAAUCGAUGCGCAAUAUUCGUCGAGUACGCGACCCAAUCGGCUGCGCAGCGAGCCUACCGGGGAGAAUCCAAAUCUCGUCUUCCGGUGCCUUCCAGCCUCGCCGUCCAAUCAAGGCUCAUCGGCGUGGUUCCGAACGAAAUUAUCUGGCGCAACCUCGCAAUGCCCCAGGCUGAGCGGCUGUCCAAGAAAUCCAUUGCGAACCUCCUCAUCGCUGUACUGAUCAUAUUUUGGUCUAUUCCAACGGCCAUCAUUGGCACCAUUUCGAAUGUGAACUACCUGGCCGACAAUGUGUCCUGGCUAUCGUGGAUCAACAGCCUUCCAGAUCCGCUUUUGGGGCUUCUCACCGGCUUUCUGCCUCCAUUUCUCACGAGCCAGUUUGCGUCAUACCUACCGAACUUAAUGCGACAUGUCGCCAAAGCCUCAGGACAGCCCACCACAGUCACUGCAGAAUUGCAGGUGCAAGCUUGGUAUUACGCGUUCCAGAUUAUUCAGGUCUUCCUCGUCACAGCUCUUUCUUCAUCGGCCACGGCGUUCAUCCCUAAGAUCAUCAAUGAGCCUCACCAUAUCCCACAGCUUCUCGCCGACAAUCUUCCGAAAUCAUCGAACUUCUAUCUGACUUACUUCAUAUUGCAGGGUCUUGCCUCGUCCGUGAAGAACAUCAUGAAUUGGUCGGACUUGCUUGAGUACCUGUUUUUCGAGAUAUUCAUCUACAAAACCCCACGUGAUAAGUACAAUCAGUAUACCAGCCUCAAGGGCAUUGCAUGGGGUAAAGUAUAUCCGAAGUUCACCAAUUUCGUCAUCAUCGCCCUGGCUUACAGCUGCAUAUCGCCUCUUGUUCUGGGGUUUGCGGCUGUGGGACUGUCCCUCUUCUACUUCAGCUACCGAUACACCCUGUUGUUCAUGGUACAGCCGAAAAUCGAGACCAAGGGAAAAUGCUAUACACGCGCACUACAGCAAAUACUCGCGGGUAUCUAUAUUGGCGAAUUGUGCCUGAUCGGACUUUUCGGUCUCCGGAAGGCCAAGGGCCCAGCAAUCUUGCUAGUUGUCCUAUUCUUCGCAACCAUUGCGUACAACAUCUUGACGAAUCGUUACCUAAAUCCGCUAGAGGAUCAUUUUCCAGACCAUAUGCUCUCGGCCGAUGCCGAGAAUGGGGAGCAGGAUCCUCUUCUCUCUGCCGCAGAGGAAGGUCAGGCUGUCGCUGCUGGUGAUGCUCAGGCAGAUGAGCACGAGCGAUCUCAUAUCCAGCGUCUUGGCCGAGAGAUGCACCUCCCACAAAAGGUCAUCUCUCCAAUCGCACGGUUCCUUGAGCCUCACGUAUAUGCUUCGCACAAAGCCAUGCGUGCUUUUCUCGCUCGCACAGGAGCCGAGACCGAUCCCGCUCCUGAAUAUAGUGAGGAAGAGAUCAAGAAAGCAUACCAAAAUCCCAGUCUCACAAGCAAGGCACCGGUCAUAUGGUUGCCGAGGGAUAAUUAUGGGCUGAGUAAGAAGGAGGUCGAAAGCCUGGGUGCGGAAAAUUUGGAAGCUACGGACGAGGGAGCUUGGGUAAAUAGUAAGGGUAAAGUGGAUUUUGAGAGGAGUGACCUGAGGGGUCUACCGCUUUGGAAGCAGCCCAAAGCGUACUAA